AUGGCACCGGCCCGUAGCCUCCGCCCCCGAGGAACCAUGAACGAGAACGAUGAAAACGGACCCUCGACGCGUCUGACGCGGGCGAAGGCCGCCCUUGGCGAUGGACCUGCCGACGCAGUCAAGAAACCAACGCAGCCUAUCAAGCGUGCAUUGUCAACCACAAAUGGACCCCCACGCCGCCGAGCCGCUCUGGGCGAUGUCAGCAAUGUCAACAAGACUGAAGGUGCUGAGGUCAAGGACGGCAAGAAGCCCGCUACGGUAAAGGCUGCUCUGUCUUCGAAGGCCACUACCAAAGCUGGCGCCAUCCAGAAAGUCACUCGCGCCAACUCAACACGGGCAGGUCCUCUCAAGCCCCGCAGCGACAACAACAACAUCAAAAAAUCGCCAAAGAAGCGCAAUCAGGUGAUCAAGGAGGAGUCGUUGGAUGAGCCUCCUCUCAAAAGGCACCACACUAUUACCAAAACUUUCAUCCAGGAGGAUGAAACAGUCAAGGACGAGCCCGCUACUACAGAGGAAUCCGAGCCUACUGGCAAGGGUGCUAAGGCUCAAGAUGGGAAGCCGGAGUGGGAGAAUCUGGAUAUUGAAGACUUGGAAGACCCUUUGAUGGUCGCUGAGUAUGUUGUGGAGAUUUUCGAUCAUCUGCAGCAGCUUGAGCUCUCAACCCUGCCCAACCACGAAUACAUUAACCACCAGCCCGAUCUAGAGUGGAAGAUGCGUGGCAUCCUUGUCGACUGGUUGAUUGAGGUUCACACCCGCUUCCGUCUGCUUCCCGAGACCCUUUUCCUGGCUGUCAACAUCAUCGAUCGCUUCCUGUCCGAAGAGCAAGUUGCUUUGGAUCGUCUGCAGCUAGUUGGUGUCACUGCCAUGUUCAUUGCGUCCAAGUAUGAAGAAGUCCUGUCUCCCCAUGUCGCCAACUUUAGCCAUGUCGCCGAUGAAACCUUUUCCGACAAGGAGAUCCUGGAUGCCGAACGUCACAUCCUCCAAACCCUCAACUACAACAUGAGCUACCCCAACCCAAUGAACUUCUUGCGCCGCAUCUCCAAAGCAGACAACUACGAUAUCCAGACCCGAACCCUCGGCAAGUAUCUUAUGGAAAUUAGUCUUCUCGACCACCGAUUCAUGUGCUACCCCCAAAGUCAGAUUGGUGCCGCCGCCAUGUACCUUGCCCGUCUGAUCUUGGAGCGUGGACCCUGGGACGCUACUCUGGCCCACUACGCCGGAUACACUGAGGAGGAGAUCGACCCUGUCUUCCGCUUGAUGAUUGACUACCUCCACCGUCCUGUUUCCCAUGAAGCUUUCUUCAAGAAGUACGCCAGCAAGAAGUUCAUGAAGGCUUCCAUUCUGACCCGUCAGUGGGCCAAGAAGUACCACCACCUGUACAUCGACAGCUCGCUUUCGGAGCCAUACACCUACAUCAAGGAGAGCGAACAGUAA